AUGUCCGAGGAGUCCCAAAGCAAAUUCGAGGCUUAUCCGGUGUCUGAAGCCUUGCCUCGCCUUGGGUGGAAACCGGAAGCGGAUGAUCGGGGAACACUGGAUCAACACGUUUCUGAGAAGCCUGCACCACACCUUUCUGGAGCACCAGAUGGAGGGUUGGCCGCGUGGCUGGUCGUUGUUGCUGUCAAUUUAGUUUUAUUUUCUACGUUCGGUGUAGCUAAUACAUGGGGGGUCUUCCAAGCGUAUUACGAGGAAAAUCUACUACGUCACACUUCUCCUUCAAAUAUAGCAUGGAUCGGUUCUGCGCAGUACGCGCUCGUGUACUUUCCAGCACUUGCUACGGGACGAAUGUUUGACCUAGGAUACUUCAAAAUACCAUGCUUCGCCGCCAGCUGCGUUAUCAUUGCGUCCGCAUUCCUAACUGCGGAAUGCACUCAAUUUUGGCAGUUCUUUCUUGUACAAGGUCUCAGUUUGGGAAUCUGCUGCGGCAUCAUAGUCGGUCCGGCACUAGUUGUCAUCUCGCAUUGGUUUGACGGGAAACGUGGCCUCGCCAUGUCGCUCGCUGCCAUUGGAGCUUCAAUUGGCAGUACCGUGUUUCCUGCAGCAGCACAGAAGUUGAUACCAUUAAUCGGAUUUAAAUGGACAAUGCGUGUGUUUGGAUUCAUUCUGCUUGCUACACUUGGGACGGCCAAUAUAUUACUGAAACGACGUCUUCCACCCGUCAAUAUUCAUGGAGGACUCUUUAAUCUUAAAGCAUUCCGCAACGCAGCAUAUGUCAUUUUUAGCAUUGCAGGAAUACUGGCAUUUUUAGGACUUUACACAGAGUUAACAUAUAUCUCUGUGAGUGCCGUGGAAAUUGGCGUCUCCGAAAACUUUGCAUUCUAUAUAAUCGCAAUCGCCAAUGGGGCAUCUACAUUUGGACGUCUGUCAUCUGGACUAAUGGGAGAUAAAAUCGGCGCACUCAAUACCAUGGUAAUUUUUACUGCGAUGUCAGGAAUUAUGACAUUCGCCUGGCCAUUUGCUACAAAUGAAUCCCAGCUCAUUGCAAUAGCGACUAUUUACGGAUUCUCCUCGGGAGGAUUUGUAGCUCUCUUCGCUGUAGCUGCCGUAGCAAUGGGAGACAUGGAAGACGCAGGACGCCGAGUGGGAAUGUUCAUGUCCCUCGCUGGCUUUGGAGCCAUUGCAGGUCCUCCGAUAUCAGGCGCUAUUUGUACCGCGUCAGGAGGGUUCGCUGAUGCGGGUGGCAUCAUUAUGUUUGCUGCUGGAUUGCUACUUCUGGCGCGGUACCUCCUUGCACCCCUAUGGGGCAAGUGCUGA